GAGGAAUUGCGAUGAGUGGACGAAUUUUCUAUUAUACAUAUAUUCGAACCCUCUCCGUCGCUCUGCCUCCCAUUUUCACUCAUUCUUUUUCUGCUCAUCAGCUACGCGAAAGAAAAGAACAUGUCGCCCUGCUCCUGAUAGUUUUUCGCAUAUAAUUAGAUGGUACCUCCAGCCUUCGAUCACCAAAUGCUCCCCGCAAAACGGCUCUGCCCACCCCCGCAUGACCACGGCGGCCUGGAGUGACAUAGGGACGAAAAUAUCUUUUGACAUAUUUCCUGGCCGUAACACAGGGUUGAAAUACAGAUAUCUCAGCUCAGACUUAAAACAGCUGUGAUUGUUGCUAUGCAAAGAAGCGCACCGACGCCCAUUCGUCAUGUAUAAUGCAUAUAAAUAUGCAUUCGACCCAUCGGGCACUACAGACUGCCGUCCGUAGCUUGUCUUCCCAUGUUGCGAGUUCGGUCCGAAUCAUCGCUCUAUGUUUUCGCCCCUCAUCCUCAAGUCUGUUUAGUCACUCCUGUGCGCUUCUUACGAGUUACUGGAUCUGGACCCCGACACCAAGCGCGAUGCUAGGUGCCUCGGGCUAAUGGCAUGUUUUCCGACCUCACAUCUCAGGAUGCUCUAUUAUUAUACUCCUGUAUGAGCUGCUUGGAGUUUGCCAUCCAUGACUAUGAUCCAAGCUAGCCUAUGUCUGACCUCGGGGUUAAUUUUUAACCCACACACUACAGAAUAACCAGAGCGAGAGGGGGAAAGGCCUUCACAUUUCCCAACAUGCACAUGUUUUGAGAAAUUUUAGCAUUGGUACUAUACAACUGAUAUCCUGCAGUGUUGAUGGCCAAGCAAACUCGUUUGAGCGAAGAGAACAAACCGCCCUCUCAGGAGACAGCAGGGCUUGCCAUUGAUGUUGAGCCGGCACCGAAUCUAUCCCCUAUUUCGGAUUCUGAGAAGAGCCAUCACCAUGACCCAGAGAAGGGCAGAGUCAUUACGUACCUGAAAACUCGUAAAGCGGCCCGCCAAGAUACGAAAAAUGUCAAUCCCGUUUUGCAAGAUACAACAGCGGUAGUAGUAGCAGCAGCAGCAGCAGAAGCUCCCAAAAGACCAAAACUCCGCUUCCCCAAUCCCAUCAAGUCCCUUAUAAUCCUCCGCGAAAAGGACACCCUAAUCGCCCUCAUAGCGAAUGCCAUAAUGUUCGCUGCCUUCUACGCCAUGAACGCCGCCAUCACCUUCCUCUUCCACGACAUCUACGGCUACAACAACUUCCAAAUUGGUCUCUGUUACAUUCCCAUUGGUGCCGGGGUGUGCAUAGGCUCCAUCGCCAACGGCUUCAUCCUCGACUAUAACUACCGCCGCAUUUCCAAGAAACUCGGCAUCCCCACCGUCCGCAACACGCACCAAGACCUCCGCUAUUUCCCUAUCGAGCGUGCACGGCUGCAAAUCGUGUUCUCGCUGGUGUUCGUGAGCGCCUUCGCCAUUGUGAGCUUUGGAUGGGUUCUGCAUUUCCGCGUCCCGAUUGCUGCGCCGCUAGUGCUUCUUUGCAUAUCUGGGGCUGCCCUUACGAGUGCUGUAAAUACGGUAAGUACGCUCAUCGUGGAUCUGCACCCGGGUAGGGCAGCUACAGUAACGGCAUCGAAUAAUUUGGUCCGCUGCUUGUUUGGGGCCGGUGCCACGGGGGAUAUUUCUCCCAUGAUUCAUGGGCUGGGAGUCAGGUGGUGUUUUACCCUUAUUGCUUUUAUCAUGGCGGCCACAUCCCCUGUCAUGCUCGUCGUGAUACGCUUUGGGCCAAAGUGGAGGGAAGAGGGGCGCCUUAAGGCCGAGGCGCGAUCAGAACAAUAUGAUUCAGGUUGCCGAGGGAAUGGAGAGUCGGCUAAAAAGGUAUUGGUAACGUGUAUAUGACGUUAGGGGGCUCAUCGUUUCAGGAUAUUGAUAUAUCGGCGCAGCGUGAGUGGGGGCAAAUGGUUUCGGACGAGAGAAAUCUGUUCCAACGACGAAAUGACCAGAACAUGAGUAAUGUGUAGAAUUAGAUAAUUAUGAAAAUAUCUAGUGACAUUUAAUAAAGCUAUUUCCAAA